GGGAUUCAGAGGAGGAGGAGGUAGGGAUGAGGUUUCGCCUACCGGCCGGCGCGCCUUCCACUUCCAGUAGGCAAAGUUAAGUUUGCAGGAGGGCCGGAUCGUGAGUCACACUGAGCCAGCAGGGCAAGCGGGAGAAAAAGAAAGUAGCGCAAGCCAAUCGGCCUCCGUAGCUGGUCUGCGAAACAAUAAAAAAGAAGACAGUGAGGGGAUUUUUUUUUAAUUAUGCAAGCAGUAAAAAAGAGAACAUAUUUGACAGAUGACUCAAUCAAGCCCCCCAGCAGAGCAUGCAAGAAUUGAUUUGAUUGUUUUAACCUACUUCGCCCCCUUAUUUGAAAGCAUUACUACGAUAACUCGGGGUACGAACCACGGAGGCAGUAAAGAGGAACACAGAGAGGGAGGGAGCAGAAAUCUUUGACUCCCUCCACCAAGGGGACUGACUUGGGCGCAGGAUCGGAGCUUUCAUGUGGAUUGUCUAAAGGAGGGAGACGUCGGUGCGAUUUGAGGAGGUGAAAGAACGACGCGGCGGACCCCCACCCCCUCCAACUUCGCUCAAGAAAAGCCCCCCAAUUUGGACACUACAGCAGCGCGACAGGAGAGUCCCAUCAUUUUUGAGAAGUGAGCGGACGAGGGGGAGAAAGGAUCAUUUUAUAUUGGCGGCGGAGUUGUUUGUGAUUCUGACGUAGCGAAGCUGUCAGUGCGAAUUACGAAGCUAGAACAAGAGUUGACUUUUACUUUCUGGCUGAAAGGAGUAAUGCAAUUGCAGGACAUUGUGUAUGUAAAUUUGCAGUUAGUAAUCAGUGCAACCAUUUCAGUCGGGACGCGCCGCAUUCCAGCUUGUGCGCCAAUGGGGACCUAAACCAAAGGUGUUGCUUCCUAAACAUUUGUUUUUUAGCAAACAGAAUCAAACAGUCGGCUUUGGAUUGCUUUUAUUUAUAUCUGUUAUCGGACAGCACUGGCCGCGAUGGCUGAUUCGAGUGGCGGUAGUAGUGACAGCGCCGAUGUCCAGGACGACACUCUGACGAUCAAACACGAGCUGACAAACGCUAAUCUAACAGGACACACUGAGAAAGUGGGGAUGGAAAACUUUGAACUUCUCAAGGUUCUAGGAACUGGCGCUUAUGGAAAGGUAUUUUUGGUAAGAAAAACUAGCGGCCACGAUGCAGGAAGGCUGUAUGCCAUGAAAGUCUUGAAGAAAGCAGCUAUUGUUCAAAAAGCCAAAACAACUGAGCACACCAAGACAGAGCGACAGGUUCUUGAACACAUCAGGCAAUCUCCUUUCUUGGUAACAUUACACUACGCCUUCCAGACACAAUCAAAGCUGCACCUGAUACUGGAUUAUGUCAGUGGUGGCGAGAUGUUUACUCACCUAUAUCAGAGAGACCACUUCACAGAGGAUGAAGUACGAAUCUACAUUGGAGAGAUCAUAUUGGCUCUUGAACACUUACACAAGCUUGGGAUCAUUUACAGGGACAUCAAACUAGAAAAUAUCUUGCUUGACAGUGAAGGUCAUAUUGUACUCACAGACUUUGGGCUCAGUAAAGAAUUCCUUGGAGAAGAGAGUGAAAGGACAUACUCAUUCUGUGGCACUAUUGAAUAUAUGGCACCGGAAAUUAUACGAGGCAAGUCAGGCCAUGGCAAGUCCGUGGACUGGUGGAGUUUAGGGAUCCUGAUGUUUGAAUUACUCACUGGAGCUUCACCAUUCACACUAGAAGGAGAAAAAAAUUCUCAAGCAGAAGUGUCCAGGAGGAUUAUGAGAUGUGACCCUCCGUAUCCACAUGAAAUGAGCCCUCUAGCUCGAGACCUGCUCCAUAAACUGCUGGUGAAAGAUCCACGCAAAAGGCUGGGUUCCGGGCCACAAGGUGCAGCUGAGAUCAAGAGCCAUCCUUUCUUUAAGGGAUUAAACUGGGUGGACUUGGCUGCUAAGAAGAUUGCUGCUCCCUUCGAACCUGAGAUUCGAAAUGAGUUAGAUGUUAGUAACUUCGCAGAAGAGUUUACAGGCAUGGAUCCCACAUACUCCCCUGCCAGCACACCACCCAGCUCUGAUAGAAUUUUCCAGGGCUAUUCCUUUGUGGCACCUUCCAUACUCUUUAGCCGCAAUGCUGCCAUGGGUGAUUUCCUGGAAAUGCAUAUAUCCUCCGAGAGGCCUGGUUCAGCCAAUGUUGCCCGCAGUGCCAUGCUCAAGGACUCGCAGUUUUUCCAGUUGUAUGAUCUUAAUCUUAAAGAACCACCUCUUGGUGAUGGAAGCUUUUCGGUGUGUCGAAAGUGUCGCCACAAGCAAACUGGACAGGAGUUUGCUGUGAAGAUUUUGAGUAGACGGAUGGAGGCAAAUAUUCAGAGGGAGAUUGCAGCUUUGAAGCAGUGUGAAGCACAUCCCAACAUUGUCAAGCUUUAUGAUGUCUACCAAGAUCAGCUACAUGUCUACCUAGUGAUGGAGCUGCUAAAGGGAGGAGAGCUUUUGGAGCGAAUUAAAAAAAAGAAGCACUUCAGUGAGGCAGAGGCCAGCCAGAUCAUGAGAAAGCUGGUGUCUGCAGUCAGUUUCAUGCAUGAUGCUGGAGUUGUUCAUAGAGACCUCAAGCCAGAGAACCUACUGUUUGCAGAUGUAAGUGAAGAGGCCCCUAUUAAGGUGAUAGAUUUUGGUUUUGCUAGACUUCGUCCCCCAGACAAUGCCCCAAUGCAGACUCCAUGCUUCACCCUACAAUACGCUGCACCCGAGCUGUUCAGGGAAAGUGGAUAUGAUGAGGCCUGUGAUCUCUGGAGCCUUGGAGUCAUACUAUAUACUAUGUUGUCGGGGCAAGUUCCUUUCCAAAGCUCCCAAAAAGGAAUGACUUCAGAAUAUGCUUCUGAUGUCAUGCACAAAAUCAAAGAGGGAGAGUUCUCAUUGGAGGGGGAAGCAUGGAAGAAUGUUUCUGAAGAAGCUAAGGACUUAGUCAGAGGUCUUCUGACUGUUGACCCAGAGAAGAGGCUUAAGAUGUCAAGUCUACGAGACAAUGACUGGCUGCAAAAUGGUGGGGCCCUAUCGUCUACUCCACUCAUGACCCCAGAUAUCUUGGAAUCAUCUGGACCUACAGUCCGCACUUACGUUAAUGCUACUUUUAUGGCAUUUAACAAGGGCAAGCGGGAAGGCUUUUUCCUGAAGAGUGUGGAUAAUGCACCACUAGCAAAACGACGUAAGAUGAAAAUGACUAGCACUGGAGUCGAAACAAGACGCAGUUCAUCUGGCAGUUCUUCCUCCUCCUCCUCCUCUUCUUCAAGGUCACAAGGAGGACACCAUAUUUCCAUUACCACAAUGCGCACACCCAAAAAUAAGAAUAUUCCACCUUCCACUAGCCCCAAACAACCUUACUCUGAAUCCAGUAAAGAAACAUAAGGCUGCAAGACAUUAGAGAAAAGCCCAUCAGUGCAAAACAGAGGCUUAACCUGGUAGGUCAGAAGGAGGACAUUUGUAUCUAGAUGCCUGGUCUAACCAAUUUCAUUGUCUUUUUAACACAGCACUUUCCCUGCCUACAUCUUUUAAAGCAGCAUUUAAACAAAGGAAAGAUGAGAAAUUGUUUCAUUAUGUUUCAUAGCAUGUACAGUCCCGUGCCGCAUUAAGUCAGUGGGAAUACUGCUAGCUGAUUUUAAUUAUGGAGUCAGUUUAAAGGGCUUCAUUGGCAAUGCAUCUAAAGUUGUUUACAGUAUUCCAUUUUCAUUUAUUUUAUAUUGUAAUCCUAAAAAUCUGCUCUUGCAUACUGCUGUUGUAAGAUACACCUGUCUUUGUACUUUGAUCUACAUGUGAAUCCUAGCAUUUUUUAACAAAGCACAUGUUUUAAUGUGACGUACAUAAGAAGUUGGUUUUUAAACUUUACUGAGGACGCUGAUUCCAAGCUAAUUGUUUGUUUACAUUCCCAACCUCAUUCAUAUAAAACAAUAUAUAUUGGUUACAGCAAUAGGCCUCUGCAUGAAGCAAGCAGUUGGAACAAGAAAAGACUUAACAAUAGCCUGUGUUGAAAUGGUAUGUCUUCAGGAUUACUCUUGUUCGUUCACGUUGCACCCAUAAGCACCAAGCAAUGAUGACUGACUGACUGAUUGUCAGCUGUACAAAUUUGAAUGAAAAGCCAUACAGUAUGUCCAUAAUAUGUAUCCAUUUCUUUUUCUGUCAUAUUUACUUAAAGCAAAAGAAUUAUUUUUAACAACGUGAAGUUGUGAGAUAUGAAUGCAUGGCCUGUAUCACAGAUUUAUGAUUGAACAUUUGACAAUUAUAAUUUAUUUAUUUAUAUAUGUGUGCGCAUAUGUGUAUGAAAUAUUAGGUCUCCCAUCUCAGCUAGUGUAAAAAAAAUGUAGGUGGUACACGCUCAAAUACUCAAGCUGUAAACUGUUAGCUGCUGCAAACUCAGCAGUGUCUCAACAAUCUCCAGUUGCCAAAUUGCAAUUUUCUAAAAGAAGGCAUAUGUCAGCCUGACACUGGCAUUCUUCUUCCAGAAUAAGAAAAAAGAAACCUCAGUUUUAAAGAGCUAUUUUACAGCAUUGUUUUUAUAGAUUACUUUUUAAUCAAAUUUUAUUUUAGAGAACCUACUGCUGGGGUAUGUAAUAGAUCUACAUUGUCAUUUUUACAGAAUUUGUUUUUGGGUUCCUUCCUAUAAACGAUUUAGUAGAAUAAACAUAGACAUGAGCAAUUUAACAUGAUGGCUAGAAUAUUCCCCAUGGCAAAAGACCUUCACAUUUAAAUGUUUUCCAAUUUUUCUUUGUAUUAUUUUAUGGAUAUGUAAAAAAUUGACCUAAAUGGACAAAUGGUGGCUUUAGAGAUGAUUAUUAAUGCACUUUGUUGUACAGUUACUGUACAGUUAAUGCAUUUUUAGUAGUAGUAGUAUUAGGAAGAAAGAAAAAUAGAAAACAAACCAUUUGUAUUCCAAUGACUACAACUGGAAAGAUAUGAAACAGCAGACACUACAAAACUGAAGCAUAGGAAUUCCCUGGAUUUCAAGCAUUACUUUGCCUAAAGAAGUCAAAUUAUGUACAAUUUGCUUGAAUUUCCCAGAAAGAUCUUCAUAUUUUCAACAAUUGUCCAUUAAAUAUUGUACCUGAAUAAGAACAUCAAAACAAUUUGAAGGAGAACCGGUAGUUUAGCUCUUUUAAGGUCACCUAAUAUUUCAUAAAGUGUCAUUGAGUUGUGAUUUUAACAUCACUUUGUUGUGAUAUUCACUGCACAACUUGUUAACAUCUGUAGCAUAUGCUUGAUUUUCAGGGUGAAUAAGUUUUUUCUAAAAAAGGGAAAUUAAUGUUCUGAGAAGCUUAACUUUACACUGAUAUUUUCAUUAAUAAUUCUUUACUUGGAAAAUCAAUUAACAAUUAAACAGGAGUGUUCAUUGGCUGUUUUUUGUACCUGCAGUGGGGCUCAUAUGGAGUAAGAAGAGACCCCUGCUUUUUCUCCUUUGGGUUGGCUGGCUAAUACUGUUGUUUUUUAGCACCCAAUGCAUGGGGUUCACAUCCCAGGAGCCCAUUGGAUGGAUUCACUGUGAAGUAACCAUUGCCCUAGCAAAGAUAGCCUGGGUUUAAAACCUCCUGCUGACAAAGCACCUGCCCUUCAUGCUAUAGAUACUAGUCACAAGGAAUAGGGGGUAUCAUAUUGUGAAUUCAAGAACAAAGGGAAAGCACUUAAAAGUAAACUAGGAAUAAAAGAAAAUACAAGGAAAAGGGGAUUUUCAGGAUAAGUUAAGUUUUAAAGUGCAGAAAAAGUAUUCCAAAAAUGUUAAUGUUAUUUGGUAACUGUUGCUUUAUUUUAUUACUUUUUAAAAUGUGUAUAUUUUAUUUUUAUUUUAUUCCUGCAAAAAUUGUAUUGAUCAAAAAGCAUAACCAGUCAACUGAGAGUACAUAAUGGAUUCUGUUCUUAACUAGCCUCAUGGCCGAGUUAGUAGUAUGAGAACAAACACAAAGCAAAGCCUAUGUAAAUGAGAACUGGAGAGCUGUUGUUAUAGAGCUCAGAAUAUGACAAUUUUGUUAAAACAAUGAUGAGCUCAUCUUUGCAGUUUGACCAGUAUGACUGUUAUUAACAAUUUAGAACUGAUCUAACAGAACUUCCUGGCACUCAUCAAAUACUAUAGACAUGUUCCUUGAAAUUAUUUCUGAAGUAGGGUUCACCAAUUUACCUGAGUGGGGUUACUAGCACGAUUUGUUUCUUUACUACAUAUAAACCGCCAAAGUAAAUAAACUGUCAUAUUAUCUUUGUCCACAUUUUUAUUCUUUAAGUGCAAUAAAGCAAUUUGCAAUUUCUUGACCUGAUGCUUAAAUGUUCACCCCUCUUUAACCUUAGUAUGCACUCACUGUUUAUGUGAAAUCACUAUUCUGUUUACAGCUGUGAGCUUGUUUCCAAACAGUUUCCUUCUGUUUUACUCAGAGCCAUGAGAGGAGAGUGUAAAAGUAUGGGAAAAAUUAGAAAACAAAGCACUUGCAAAAUCUGGCCAGAGUGACUAACCAGUAUGUCCUCUUGACUGUCUAGUGGGAUAGUAUUGAAAACCAACACUUUUACACUUUGCUUUUAUGAGACAACAGAUGUUAAUUUUAAAACAUGAAGUGCCUGUAAUUGGGACAAGUAUGUGGGAGGUGUAAGGUUUGGUUAUUUCGAUGAAUAUUCAUGAGGUGUUUAUUAAUAUUCAUGAGCCUUAGAUAACCCACUGCCAAUACAGAACCACCCCCAGAGUAAUGUGCACAAUGAAUGUAAUAAUCUGCUUUAUUAUAUUUUUUCCUUUUUAAAUGGUUUGUACUUGAGGGAAUUAUUUUUACGUUAGAAUAUUACAAAGUUGGAAAGAGAUUUGUGAAAAGCCAAAUAAAAGGCACUGUUUCAUAAAAACUUAUAUAAGACCUUUAAUAUAACGUCACACUCAUAUUGAUGGUAUUACUGUAAUACUGUAGUCAUGAUCAACAUAAAAGGUUGUGAUUGAUUUUUCUUUUUUAUUUAAAAUAAAAAUCUUUAAUGCUGUC